AUGAUCUUGCUGCUUGAGUGGACAUCGAAUGAGUAUCCAACGGAUCCCUUCUGCAAACUUGUGCUAUGUCGCGCAUACUCCCACAUUGGCUGCAUGUAUCGGUUGGUAGCUCUUACUCGUUCUCUUGAUAUCAAAUCUGUGCAGCGAGAUACCCUCGGCUACAUUAUGUUUCCUUUGCCAGAACUUUGUGGGAGAUUCAAUGUCGGAAUUGUUCAUUAUACCGAGAUGGUCGACGUCUACGAACAAGCCGAGAAAGAGAUCAGCGAAGCCUUGAUUGGUGCCUACCGAAACGGCGCCUUCAUGCAAGUACCAAAUCUGGUUGCCCUUGCGAAUAAAAUGAGAAAAUCUGCCAUGUCUAUUGCGUCUAACGAACUUCAUCGAUAUUUGUCAGCGCUUUUCGCCAUCGAUAAUAUAGAUGAGGCUGUUAGUACUCUGCACGGCAAGUGGGAUUCAUUGUGCGAUAAUCGCGAUCUCACAGUAAUACCAUCCUUUGAGAAAAACAUAGAGCAAGAGAUCGAGAGCUUACGGACAAGCACACAAAAAGAGUUUAUCGACUUCACGCGUCUUAGACAUUACAUUUCUCAAGCGAUUGGUUCUGCUGGUGGAGCAAAAGGCGCGGGCCUCGAGGAACUGGGAGCGGAUUUGACGCUCCUACGUGCACAUCUCGAGCACUGCAGAAGUAACUAUGCUGUUGAUUUUCCUCACAGUCGUGUAAUGCAGUCGCCCAGUGCAGUACAUUUAUCUCGCUGGGUACAUGGUGGCUUCAUUGAUCCUAUUGUGUGCCUUCUACAGUCUGCUGUGGAC